GCCGCGCGAAAUUUUGAAUUUUGAUUCAGGUAACGGAUAUCCGCAAAGUGAAAAACCGAGGAAAAUUCGGGAUCGAGCCCCGCCGGGUGGGGGUAAAACGGCGUCGGAGACACCGGCCAUCUACCCAAGAGCGCCUCGGGUGCCAGGACAAAAUGGAUACUUCGACAUCAGUGUCCCGAGUGGGCACUGCUGACCAUGUUUUUGUUUCUCCGGCUACAAGACGACAGGCAAUUCAGAGCCUAAAGACCUCUGUAAAAAUGGAUGUUGCGCCAAAUGACGAUGAACGUGAAAGGAGGGAGAGGAGGCGCUCAAAGGUGACUGACUUGCAGUUAAGUGGGACAGAGAGCCCACUGGUAUCCCCAGUGCAAAGGGGGACCCCACAAUCCUUUGAAGCCAAGCUAUCAAAUAAUCAGAUAUCUGAACACUAUUCUACCUGCAUCAAACUAUGCUCUGAAAAUAAAAUCACCACAAAGAAUGCAUUUGGUCUUCACUUGAUUGAUUACAUGGCUGACCUCCUUAAAGAGAAGGAAUCUGAACUCACCAAUUUCAAGAUGGCAGCUGGCACGUUGGAUGCUAGUACUAAGAUCUAUGCUGUGAGAGUGGAUGCAGUUCAUUUAGACGUGUUCAGGAUCCUGGGGGGCCUGGGAAAGAACACUGAAGAGCCAGGUGCUGAGGUAAAUCCUGAGUCUUCUGAAGGUCAGAACACAAAAGGUGCUCAGAAACAAAACAGGAGGAAGCACUCGUACAAAACCAUUGAGCAGAACUUGAGCAGCAUCACAUACGGAGCGAAUGACAUGAAGUGCGAGAUUGACCCAAUGUUCCAGAAGGCUGCCUCGUUGUUUGAUGAAUGCAGCACAGUUGGGGUUUUCAUGGUUAAUCUACAGACGUAUGGACACUCUGCUCAGCUGCUGUUUGAUUCAGACGCCAAACUCAUUGAAACUGGUCCUGCACCAGAAUUGCCACCCAUUGGCCAUGUAGAGAUAUCUGACUUUGAAGACCUUCAGCAGUCUCUGAAAGACAAGACAAUCUGUCCUUCAUUUGAAGAUUUUCAGUUUACAAAUUGGGACAGUGAGGCCCACAAUCAGGCUGUUUCUUCAAUGAUGGAGAAAUUCAAGAAAAGCAACCACUUAUUCGAUAUGAAUGCAGAACCAGAAUUUGCAGAUAGUCAGCUGGGAGGCAAUGCCACUGUGGUGGACGACUUUGAUGGUGAUCUUUGUGAUGAUGCUGGAGACCUGAUGGGCCAGGAUUUUGAUAACCAGCAGGAAUCAUCGAUGAUGGCAAAUGGUCAAGGCUGUAAAGAAAUGAUUCCUCUCUCAGAUGUGGAUUUCAACAGCCUUUGUGUCCAACUUUCAAACCAGCCAGGGGAAUAUUCCUACUUCAGCCCCAGAAUAAUGAAGAUGUGGGCAGGCCCUAAUCACUGGCGUUUCAAACCUCGGCAGAAAGAGGCCAUCACUGAUAAAAAUAGGAAAAAACAAGCCAAGAAAAUAUUUGAAAUUAACUUCGAUGAGAAUAUCAAUUUUGAGACUCAGUUCAGAGAAACCAGGGCUGCCACAACAAUCUCAAAAGCUGCAUUAGACCGACGCAGUAGAAAGCUGACUACACUGCCUACCGAUUUCCAUUAUGAUCCAGACAACAUUACCCAUUUGUUCCUUAAACCUUCUGUCACGCUAAAGCGGAUUUUGAAAGAAAAUAUUUGUCCAGACCAAGAUGAAAGAAUCGGAGAAUAUGAUUAUAACAACCCCAAUGAUACAUCAAACUUCUGCCCCAGAGCUCAGCCUGAUAGUGAUGAUGAAAAUGAUGGGUUUGUUGCUGCAAAUGACUCCUUCGAUGCUGCAUUGGAGCAAGAUGAGAAUGGCUUGGAGCUAAAUGGCAAGGAGUUGGAUAUCACAACCUAUGGAGGAGAAAACUUAGUGGCAGAGCCUCAGAAAGUCAACAAAAUCCUGUUGAAUUAUUCAAAGAUAGCAAAAAAGAUGGAUGUGAAAAGAUUGAAGCAGAACAUGUGGGAUCUUCUUACUGAAAAUGCACGCAUCCCAGAUGGAAAGAAUGGAGUGACUGACGAGUUGGAAAUCGAUGUAAUGACAGUGAAAGGACAGCAAAGCUUCACAACUGUCACCAAGAAUCUGUUUGAAAGAUUGCCCAGCACAAUGGCAAAGAAUCUGUCUGUUCCCAUGGCAUUUGCCUGUUUGCUGCAUUUAGCCAAUGAAAAGAAUCUUGAAGUUGAAGGAAAGGAAGAUUUGUCUGAUGUUGUUAUCAAACAAGGAAUCUGAAGACAUCUUUAAUGUACAUAGCUGUAGAAGAUUGGUUGAAUGGACUGUACAUAGUUGUAAAUAUUUUCUUUGACAGUAAGCCUUGCAUUGUGGCUGUUGCCUCACCUCAUAGAUGCUCUUCUCAGGCAUAAUUUCUCUGUGUAAAUGUAUUUCGAAAACCUGUCGACAACUUAUCAGCCUUGAAAUUAUGCUUGAGAUUUUUUAAAAAAUAAUGAAUACUCUUGCUAAUAUUGCAGAGGACUUUUGGAUAAUUACAUUAAGUAUUUGCACCUAUUAUCUAUCCCACUGUCAUUUGAAGACUAUAGGUGGUGUAUUUGCCAAACAAAUUGAAUAAAGUUUUUUUUUACUC